AUGGCUCCAUAUGAGACUCUAUAUGGCAGGAAAUGUCAAUCUCCGUUGUCUUGGUAUAAAACUGGAGAAAGGAGUUUAUUAGGGCUUGAGAUGAUAGCUGAAACGACUGAACAGAUAAAGAAAAUUCGUAGUCGAAUGCUUAUAGCCCAAAGCUGCCAAAAGAGCUAUGUUGAUCAGAGGCGAAAGCCUUUGGAGUUCGAAGAAGGAGAACAUGUCUUUCUGAAAGUUACACCAACCACUGGAGUGGGAAGAGCUAUUAAGACUAAGAAACUAAAUCCCCGUUAUAUUGGACCGUUUGAGAUCCUGAAAAGAAUUGGACAACUUCGGAAGUAUACUCCUGACGCAAGUCAUGUUCUAGAAUCGGAACCAGUCCAAGUAAGAGAAGAUCUAACACUUCCAGUAAUUCCAGUGGGAAUUGAUGAUACUAAUAUUAAACAAUUAUGCAAAAUGGAAGUAUCAUUGGUAAAAAUAGUUUGGAGUCAAGCUGGUAUCGAGGAACAUACCUGGGAACUUGAAUCAGAUAUGCGAAAGGACUACCCACAUCUCUUUUAA